UCACCGUUCACUGUUCCCCUUCUCUUUUCCAGGUUUAUCCAGGAGAUCGAGUUUGCCAUGGAGCUUGGCCCAGCCAAGCAGUGCCCCCUCAGGGAGUUCCUCACCAUGUACAUCAAGAACAUCUUCCUCAACCAGGUGCUGGCUGAGAUCAACAAGGAGAUCGAAGGCGUCACCAAGGCGUCGGACCCGCUCAAGAUCUUGGCCAACGCGGACACCAUGAAGGUCCUGGGGGUGCAGAGGCCUCUGCUGCAGAGCACAGUGAUCGUGGAGAAGACGGUGCAGGACCUGAUGAACCUGAUGCACGACCUGAGCGCGUACUCGGAUCAGUUCCUCAACAUGGUGUGCGUGAAGCUCCAGGAGUACAAGGACACCUGCACCCUGGCCUACAGGACCAUCGUGCAGUCGGACGAGAAGCUGGUGAUCAGCGCGUCCUGGGCCAAGGACGACGACAUCAGCAGGCUCCUGAAAUCCCUGCCCAACUGGAGCAACAUGGCCCAGCCCAAGCAGCUGAGACCCAAGAGGGAGGAGGAGGAAGACUUCAUAAGGGCCGCUUUCGGCAAAGAAUCCGAAGUUCUCAUCGGCAACCUGGGCGACAAACUGAUCCCUCAGCAGGAGAUCCUGCGCGACGUCAGCGACCUCAAGGCCUUGGCCAACAUGCACGAGAGCCUGGAGUGGCUGGCAGGGCGCACCAAGGCAGCUUUCUCCAGCCUCUCCACCUCCCAGACCAUGUCUCCAGGCCAGGACAGCCAUUCCAGCAUGGAACAGCUCCCUGCAUCUGAACAGAUCCUGCAAACGCUGAGUGAGCUGGCCAGGUCUUUCCAGGAGAUGGCCGAUCGCUGCCUGCUGGUUCUGCACCUGGAAGUCAGGGUUCAUUGUUUCCACUACCUGAUCCCUCUGGCCAAGCAGGGGAACUAUGCCAUCGUGGCCAACGUGGAGAGCAUGGACUACGACCCGCUGGUGGUGAGGCUCAACAAGGACAUCAGCGCCAUCGAGGAGGCCAUGAGCGCCAGCCUCCAGCAGCACAAGUUCCAGUACAUCUUCGAAGGGUUGGGCCACCUCAUCUCCUGCAUCCUCAUCAACGGCGCCCACUACUUCAAGCGCAUCAGCGAGUCCGGCAUCAAGAAGAUGUGUCGGAACAUCUUCAUCCUCCAGCAGAACCUGACCAACAUCACCAUGUCCCGGGAGGCCGACCUGGACUUUGCCAGGCAGUACUAUGAGAUGCUCUACAACACGGCAGACGAGCUGCUGAACCUGGUGGUGGAUCAGGGGGUGAAGUACACGGAGCUGGAAUACAUCUACGCCCUCAACCUGCUGCACCGCAGCCAGACGGGCGUGGGCGACCAGACCACGCAGAACAUGAGGCUGCAGCGGCUCAAGGAGAUCAUCUGUGAGCAGGCUGCCAUCAAACAGGCCACCAAGGACAAGAAGAUCACCACAGUGUGACCCACCCUUCCCCUCACACCCAUGGGAGAGCCAGGACUGGCAGGUGGCAGGUCCAGGCCUCUGUCUGUGUGCUGGUGGGGAGGGAAAUGCCACCUGGGAUUUGGGGUUGGGGGUGUUUUUUGGGGGGGUUCUGAUGUGUGUUCAUCAUCAUGCUUCUUCACGUGUUCUCCCAUGGCAGGACCAGGAAUCCUGGUGGAGUUUGGGGUGGGAUAAUUGGCUUUGCUCUGCUCCUGCUGCUUCGCUUUGGGGAGUGUAAAACAAGCUGCUGUCUCUGGUGGGGUGGGCAAAGAGAAGAUCUCACGCUGGGUCGGGUCAGGGAGUUCAGACCACGCUAAAUAAACAGCACCAUAACAGUCAAGCACAGUCCUGUGGGGAUCUUGAUGGUUUUGAGCCCUGUUUUGGGGCCUGCUCAGCUCUGCCGCGAGUUCUCCACGAGAGUUUUCUCCACGUGAAAAGUGGAGAAGCUCCACAUGAAGUUUUCUGCUGUUCCCACUGCAAAGAGACCUCGUUGUUUACUCCUUCAGCUGAUACAUCCUUCAACCAGUUCUCAGUGUGGGAGGGAACACGGGACCAUUUGUUUCCCACUUGUACUUUUCCAUUAUCCCGGAGCCAUCUGGCACCGGGCGACGGCGGCUGCAGGAGAGAAUUGCCAACAUAAGAUAAUAACAGAGCUUAAUUCUCUUGUUCCCAGUGUAUCUUUGGAGCCUGCCCAGCUCCAAAGGCGUUUUGUCGUUGUCAUUUGAUGUUCUGGAAGGACACACGGGGUGAUGUGGCUCAGCACUGAUGAUCAGCAAGGGCAGGAGGGCAGAUCCAAGCUCUGUGGGCUGAGGGACACUCAGGUCACCGUUCCUGCUCUGUCUUGACCAUAGUCUUCAAAAAUAAGGUCACACUCCACUUGUAUUCGGCAAAUAAAUUGUUGACCCAGCUGGGUUUCACUUGCUGAGAAAGGUUCUCCCUGAGCUGUGUAACUUGGGUGUCCUGAAACUGCAAAAUUAAAGGAUGUUUAAAGACUCUUCAAA